GUAAGCUGUGUCACUGCGGAAGGCAGUUUAUUCAAAUAGUCUGUUGCUGUCGGUCUCGAUCUCGUAUCAUAUUAUAUCCGUCAGCUUUACAAAUCACGGACACAAACAAAACGUAAAGGCUUUCCGGAUUAAGCAGUUUACCUAUAUUUGCGUUACGUCUAAAGGAUUAAUAAAAAUUCAAACAAAGCAAAAAUAUAAAUUACAAUAACAAAAUGUUCCAAUUUAUCAUUUUAGCCACAUUCCUAGCGCUAGCUGCAGGUCAAAAUUAUCAUCGCGAUCCCAAAACAGCAGCCAUUAUCAGCGAGCAACGUUACUUAUCCGGUGAUGGUAAAUUUGGUGCUGCUUAUACACAGGAAGACGGUAUCAAUUUCAAAGAAGAAACUGAUGCUGAUGGCACACGUCAUGGUAGCUACAGUUAUGUAGAUCCGACCGGUCAAAGAAGAACUAUAUCGUAUACCGCCGGGAAACAUGGUUUCCAACCUCAGGGAGAUCACUUGCCAGUGCCUCCGCCUGCACCACCACAACCAAUCCCCACUCCGGGAUAUGCCCCACAACCACAAUAUCAACCUCAGUACCAACAACAACCGGCUGGACCUGCUUUCCGCAGCAAUGAUUAUGAUGACGGGUCAUACGAUCAGCGUUACAACGAUCCCGGUUUUGGUCAAGGGCAAUCAUAUAGUCAACCUCAAUAUCGUCCACAACCUGCACCGCAGCCAGCCUAUAAUCCAGCCCCUGCCUACAAUCCUCCAGCUCCUGCCUAUAAUCCUCCAGCACCCGCCUACAACCCACCCGCACCCCAAUAUCAACAACAACCCCAAUACUAUCCCACAACAACACCAAAUCCCCAUCGUUUCUCACCACCCGGUAAACUCUCCCUAAAUCGCACACCAGACGGUUUCACCUACAGUUUUAACAAAGCUUAAGGGAUGACCAAAGCAUAAGAAAUAGUAGAGACAUUGAUUUCUUUUCGAUCCAGAGAGUGAUAGAUUGAGUUUUUUUAUAUUUAAUGAUAUUUGUGAGAAAAAAAGAAUAUACAACUAAAGCUGACUUUUGCUCUCUCCUUCUCUCCUUCUCUCUCUCUCUCUCUCUCUUUCUCUCUUCUUCCCUCUUUUAAGAUUCUUUCAUAACAUUCUCCAUUUUGCUCUUUCAUUCGUAAUCUUAUCCAGCCAACAACACUGCCUC